AUGUCUGACUUCAGCGAGGAGCCGCGCUUCACCAUCGAGCAGAUAGAUCUGCUGCAGCGGCUGCGGCGCACCGGCAUGACCAAGCAGGAGAUCCUGCAUGCUCUCGACACGCUGGACCGGCUGGACCGGGAGCACGGUGACAAGUUCGGCCGCCGCACCUCCUCGUCCUCCUACCUCGUAGGCGGGGUCAACAGCUGCACCAACAACUCCACCGCCACGUUCAACAGUAAUGUCACUGCCUCUGCAACCGCCACCUCUUCCGCGUCAUGCAACGGUAGCAACAGCGGCGAGGGCAGCGGUGUCGACCACUCCGCCACCGCUUCCUCCACGACCUCCAAAGUCUCCACAGCCACGCAGACGCAGUUCAGCACUGGCGGGGGGCAUUCACCGUCCCCCAGCAACAGCUACGAUACCUCUCCACCUCCAGGGCCGCCGCCACCCUCUGCCAUCUUGCCUUCACCGGUGUCCCUGGUGGCGCUGUCUCAGAAUGGCCGUGACAGUCUAGCUGCUACACCCAACGGGAAGCUGUCUCCACCACGGUAUCCUGUGAACAGCGCAGCGGCGUCCCGAGCGUUCGGGUUUGAAGCUGCAGAAGAAGACCUGGACAUUGACGAUAAGGUGGAGGAGCUGAUGAGAAGGGACAGCAGUUUGGUAAAAGAAGAGAUCAAAUCUUUCCUGGGGAACCGGAGGAUCUCUCAGGCUGUGGUGGCACAAGUAACAGGCAUCAGUCAGAGCAGGAUCUCCCAUUGGCUGCUGCAGCACGGCUCCGACCUGAGCGAGCAGAAGAAGAGAGCCUUCUACCGCUGGUACAUCCUGGAGAAAACAACGCCAGGUGCGACUCUGAACAUGCGGCCGGCUCCGCUGCCCCUGGAGGAGAUGGAGUGGAGACAAACCCCUCCGCCCCUCACCACAGCUCCCGGAACUUUCCGGCUACGCCGAGGAAGCCGCUUCACGUGGAGGAAAGAGUGUCUGGCUGUGAUGGAGAGCUACUUCAACGACAACCAGUAUCCAGAUGAGGCCAAAAGAGAGGAGAUAGCCAACGCCUGCAACGCUGUUAUUCAGAAACCAGGGAAGAAGCUGUCUGAUUUGGAGCGAGUCACCUCCCUGAAAGUUUACAACUGGUUUGCCAAUCGUCGCAAAGAGAUCAAGAGACGGGCCAAUAUUGAAGCCACAAUCCUGGAGAGCCAUGGGAUAGACGUCCAGAGUCCGGGGGGACACUCCAACAGUGAUGACAUUGAUGGGAACGACUUCUCAGAUCAGGCCUGCGACCUUCCUUACUUUGACAAGAGACCCCUGAGCCGACAGUUUGGCCUUUACAGACUGGAGCCCACCUCACCAACGCAGGACGACAGUGGCGCGCACAGCGAGCACCAGGACCCCAUCUCUCUGGCCGUGGAGAUGGCUGCCGUCAACCACACCAUCCUGGCUCUGUCCCGGACCGGAGGGGUGCCCAACGACAUCAAGACGGAGUCCCUGGAGGACGAAUGA